AUCUCGAACAGGUAGCUGCUGCUGGUUACCAGACAACCAUCUGCCUCAGGCUAACGGGCGUGUGUGCUUGUAGAUAUAAACAGAGAGCGUGGAGCAGGGCUCGUGUGGAAGAGCUUUUGGAGCGCGCGAGCGAUAUUCUGUCCUGUGGAAAAGGGAAAAGGUUUGCGAGCCAGAGAGAUUGGGACGGCAUCAAACACCGUUGGAGGGAAAAGAGAAAGCCGCACACGACCAUGGACGCAAUUCUCGGCUUGCUUGGGAUAUGCGGGGCAAACUGUGCGGAGGAUCGUGAUGCAGACAGCAAGGGACGCACGGAAGGAGUGGAGCAGGCCUUGGAAGAUGACCCGUCCACCAAGGCUCGGCGCGUGUACCACAUGGGCAACCUCCUCCAGAAGAGGGGGGAGGUGAAGGAGGCCGCCAAGAUGUACCGUAGCGCGGUCAAGCUCGACCCCGCGCACAAGGCGUCUCACUACAACCUCGGAAUCGCGCUUCAAGAGCUGGGCGAGCUGGAUGAGGCUGCCUCUUGCUAUGAGAAGGCAAUCGCGCUGGCACCGGACUAUGUUCUGGCUCACUACAACCUCGCCUACGUCAGACAAGACCAGGGGAGGCUGAUCGAAGCCGCGCAGCACUUCCGCGUCGCGGCGGACCUGGACCCAAGCGACGUGGACAUUCACAUCAGCCUUGGCAAUGUGCUCAGACAGGACGGGGAAUCGGCCGCGGCGAUAGCGGCGUACGAGGAAGCUAUGCAGCUCGACAGCACCAACCGGAUGGCGGCUUACAACCUGGGAGGGAUAUUGCAAGACAACUUCGAGGAAGAGAAGGCGAUCGAGUGCUUCAACCGCACCAUCCAGAUCGACCCGGAUUACGCCGACGCUCACUACAACCUGGGGAUAUGCCUUGAGACAGUGGGCCGUUUGGAGGAGGCGCUCAUCGCGUACUUGGAAGCGCAGCGGCUGGACCCGUCCACCGACGAGGCGGCGGAGCAGGCGGAGCGGGUGAGGGGCUUGAUCGCCGCACAGGCGGCGGGAGCGGGAGAGGCGGCUCUGCCACCACCGUCCGCCUUCGCGGGGUCCGUCCCGAGCACGCUCCCGCUCGUCGCCGAGGAGGAGGACGAGGCGGUCCUUGCCGCGGCGGCGGCGGCGGCGGCAGCGGCGCGGGCGCAGGCGGACUCCAAGGAGAAGCUGGCCCAGAAGGCGGCGAAAGCGGCGGAGCAGGCGACGAAGGCGGCGGCGGCGGCCACCGCCGCCGCCGAGAGCGCGGCUUCGCUGAUCUCGCCGGCGAGCAAGGCGCCCUCCGGGCUGAGCGUGGUCCCGACGGCGCUGGCGCUGGGCGGCGGCGAGGAUGGGGGCGUCGGCGGGCGGGAGGAGGAGGACGUACUGGGAGAGGCGCAGCCGCCGACGGUCUGGACGAACGGGCGGAAGGCGGCGGAGCGUGACAGCGACAGCAUGUCGGACUUGGGUGCCCAGCACGAGUUGCUGCUGCCCGUGGGUCUUAGGAGGUCCUCCGGACAAUGAAUGGUCGGGAAGGCGCGCCGAGGAGGACGUCGACGGUGGGCUGGUCGAGCUCCGCGAGCAACGCGACGGCUAGGGACGCGCACUCAAUCUAUUGGCGGGAACGAUUGGUUAGUAACUCACAAGUGACGCCGCCGGCCGGGCUGGAUGGCUGGCUGGCGGGAGAGCCGGGGCGACAGUCUGGCUUGGUUGCCGGCGAGGAUGGAGGAACGGUCUUUUUGCAGGGGGGUCGACAGGACACGCAGGCGGGGGGGCGGGGGCGGCCGGCCGAAGCGAAGAGCCACGCGUUUGGGUGUGGGGUUGGGCACUUGCUUAGCGAGUGUGCAACCGGGGAGAAGAGAACGUGGCGGAAGAGGGAGGAGGGGGAGAGAAUUGUUGGUGCCGGCGGGGGCGACAGAAGAAGGGGACAUUCGGUAUCAUACUUGGAACCGACCAUGUAGAGUUUUGUGGGUGCGCGGGCCACCGUUGUAGAGCCAGGCAGGAUAUGCAGACAAUCCACUCCUGUGUGUUUUGAGUGUGUGUUCAAUCCUGGCGCCGGGGGCAAAGGGGGGCACACGAGUAAUGUCUAGUAUCAAGAGUAUGUCGUCUCGUCUCGUCCUUGCUGGAUGGUGGGCCACCAAUUGCUUUUCGGUCAUCGCAUGUAAUGUACGUCUCUUCUUGUCUCAUGUGUUCCUGACGCCACUGGCCGGUCGUCUGUUGAUCUCUUUGUUGCCAAGCAAGCACCCGAGGUUGUCGAUCUCAUUAGUGCCUACCUGUGCGUCGGCAUCGGGCGGGUCGGUUUUGUUGUCGAGUAGGAGAGGAAAGCGUAGAGCGGGCAAGGCUGACUAGCUCGAGAGGGGUAUCGUCAAGCGCAGCGCCGCGGAACCCUUCGGGCUCGAGCAGGGUCGUUUGCGACUCUCCGCCUGGACUCGAUUGGGCUUCCAAGCCUGGGGCAUAGUCCAAGCUUCGCCGAGCCUUGGCGGUCUAUGCUCUCUUCUUGACGCUUCACGCGUUGUUUGAAAGCAUCACCGUCCUUGCCCGUUCACCUGCUACAGGCGGUGCUCAUGCGUCACAGCAGUAGCAGUGGACAGGCCUGUUCGAGUACAGCAGCAGCCGUGGUAUAUCUUGCAGGAAAGUCGUGGCGGAGUAAACGAGGCGCUAGGGGUUUGUGGACGCGAAGGCGUGAUGGGGGGAGCGAAAGCAUGUGAACCCGCAUGCAUACAACAGUACCUGGAUUUGGAUGGAGCGACUUUUCAGAAAGAGAAGUGCAUCUUGCGUGAUGAGAAUGGACCAUCGUACAAGAAGGUAUUGUUCCUAGACAAAAAAUUAGGNUGGGGGGGGCGAAGUUGAGGGGAGAGGGGGGCGCGGAUAGGUUGGGGGGGUAGGUGAUGCCUAGGGUUCUGUGUAUCUACUUUGUUGCGCUGUAGCGUAAUGUGCCUGAUGGCACCGCAGUUGGUCCGUGUCGCGAAGCACAAGUCGAAAUCGAACGAAUCCGUGGUGUAGAUGGAGUGCCUUCCUUCGUUUCUUUCCUCCGUCUGGUCUGUUCGGAUGGGCGCACUUGUGUGUAUGCCGUUGCCAAUUGUUCGUUCUCGACCCACGGGAACAGUUCAUACCAUGUAGAUUUGAUAGUUGUGUUGUCGAGUCCGGGUUUUUUGUUCUGUUUUUCGUGGGGGUUUUACUUCACAUGAACGGGGGGGUUGCCUGCCUUUAUUUUUCGCGCAUUCCAUUCCUGCCAGUUACCCCCCCCCCUCCCCCCAAUAUAGACGGAGGCUUUCAGGAUUUUUUUUUUUCGUUUACGGGCUGGUCAGCUAGUGCUUGCGGACCAGCCGGUAGGAGUGUGUGUGCGUGCGCGUGUGUGUGCAUGUUUUUUCUUUUGUAGUUGUCUGGAAGCGGCGAAGAGAGAUUUGCUGCUUUUUUCUUUUUGCGGGUGCGCCUGUAUCUUGAUGCGCCUGCGUCUUAUUUUUCGGUGGAAGUUUUCUCUUCCCGCGGUCACGGAGGCGAGGACACGGGGUAAAAUGCGGUUCCAUGGUACGGUUCGGUACAGAGUCGUUUCCUUGGUACGGUACGGUACGGUACGGUACGGUUUGCCGGUAGAGGGCAGGGUGGGCACUACAUGCAAGCAUCGACCAAGGGUGGAUGCGUUAGGCGCUAGGGCGGGUGGUUUGGUUUGUGUAGCUCGACCGAUCACAGUUGAAUGGAGCCCUCCGCGCGAAGCGUACGUAUCUACAUGCCGUUAUUUUUUGUGAUGCCUCCGCCUCCUCUAUCUCGGUUAGUUCGUGUUAUCACCCCUCGAUUUGAUUAUUCGUUGUCCUGAUUCCAUAGUGGUUUCGAGUUGUUUCGAAGUAAAAGCGCGGCCACCGCCUUUGCCUGCUGUCUUUGUCUUCGGUAUGUCUGUAUAGUGCGGUCUGCGCCCGCGGCCCGUCGACGGCGGUGCACCCGCUGUAGGUACACAAGGGUAUCGACUGGAUCGCUCUCAGGGCGAAUAGUGUCGGUGUAGAGUAAAUCUCUUUCUGGUUGCUCCCUGUGCAGGGAAGAGGUAUUAUUCUGGGAUCUUGAGGUUCUUACAAAAUUCAACAAAGCAAAGGCCUACAAUAGGUAAUCAAUGUAGUGGUGAAUUUUUCUUUCUUGGAGCAGGGGAGUUUUUUUCAAACCUUCGACUUCCGCGGGGAGCGAAUAGUGAACGCCAACAUAGGAAUGCGGUAGACCCACCCGUGUAAGCAUCGCGCUUACACACACCAGGGCGGCGCACGCUUGGCACGGAUGGAUCGAUGGACUUUCGUGUGUAUACCACUUCUUUCGAUUGAUUUGGCCAAUUUUUUCGGUUCACCGCACGCGGACGGAUGGGCAGAUAUAUGAACAAUAUUACCAUAUUUUCC